AUGUUCCCCAUCGAUCGAGCAAUGUCCCCCUUCCAAUCCUCUCUCGUCGCCCGACGUCCAUGGCCAGCCCACCCACUCCACGCCGGCGGCCCCAACCUCGUCUCAGUCCAAGAACGCGCCCUCCACAGCCUCCUCCCAGACAUAGCCCGCCAGCUCCUGCACUACUCCUAUGACGCCGGUGCUCUAAUCGAUCAGCUCAUUCUCGAAUCUCCGGAACUCCCACCCAUUACGCAAUGGAAUCCACUCGAAGAGCACGAAUUGCGGAGAGCAUACGUCUGGGUCAUCGAGGCCAUCUCCCGUGCUUCCUACGGCGAGGUUGAGCUCAACGUCGUCGAUGGCUUGAUGGAAGCGCUCGAAAGCCGGUUGGCUGAAGACGCAAACGCCACGAGGAUGAUGGAUCAGCCGUACUUCCACCAGCGCAGCCAGCAUCUAUUCCGCUCUAUGGCCGAGGUCUCCCGUCAAGCCAAAAGCCUCAAGUUGGGAAACGUUCUUGCCAGCUUCUUCAUCAGCCACGCCUCGCAGAUUGCAUCGAUCGAGCAUUCUCUCGCGCUGGGGCAGUGGUGCUACUCCAUCCUUCGAGUCACGAUGCGCCAGACCGACCGCAUCGAAUGUCUCCGUCGUGUCCUCCUCGAGCGACCAGACUUACCAGCUAAACUCAUUGGCCGAGGACGCAAGGCUGCCGAAGUGGCCGAGAAUCUCGAACUGAUAGGCGGAGGCCAGAUCGGGAGGAGAGAGCUGCAUGUCCGUGAAGGCCUGGCGGUGAACGACCCUAUGAUGGGCCUUCGCCAUCGCAGCCGUUCCAGAGGUCGUCGUGAUAUCUUCGGCGUCGACGACUUCGGUCUCAGAGGAGAAGGAGACGAGUUGGCGAGACAGGCUGAGCGUCUGAUGCUAGCUCAAGAAGAUGCCGCUCAUGAAAGUAGGAGGAUGGUGCAGCUGAGUCUGGGGAGGAGAUAUGGUGAUCUUUUGGGCAGGGUGGAGCCACUGGGUAUGGGAAGAGUGGGCGUUAGGGGCGGAUUGGGUGGACUUGGUGGGAUGGGAGGACUGGAUGGGUUGGGUAGGCUUGAUGGAAUGGGCGGCUUGGGUGGUCUACGAGGUCUGGGCGCAGCCUCACCGUUUGCCCUGGAAGAUCGUAGGUUGCGUCUGGAGGAUGAGUUGAUGGAUGAGAUCUGA